GUUUUCUCUCUUUCAGUUAAAGAAAAACACAAACUCAUGAAAAGAAGAAACAUGGAUCAGAUGAAGAUCACGGCGCUCUCGAUCUUUUUACUAGGAUGUCUCUUGGUCAUGGCUGUCCAAGGAGAUUCAUCAGCAAGAGUUCUUCCAGCUGUAACUGCAGUUGAGGUAGGGAAUAUAAACAAGCUUGGAGUGUCAUCUCAAAAGGAACCAUUUAUGAGAACUGGAGCUGGUCAUCACAUGAGGAAGCAAGGGCUUGGGGGAAAGAAAUUUAGCACAAAUGAGGUGACAAGUGUGGACUCUAAGAAUGGAAAAGGAGCAGAUGGAGGAGAGACUUCAAAGACUUCAGGUAAGGAUAAUGAUGGUUUGAAGAAGUCUUCUGGAUCACGAGACCAAAAGAAUGAUGAUCAGAAGCUUGUGAUAAUGGGACCAAAGGAAUAUUUGAAAUCCACCAAGUUUGUAGUUCCAAGAAGAAUUCCCACCAGCACGUACCCGAAGUCAAGUUCACAAUAUUGCAAUAUUGCUGCGCCAGUAGUUAAAUCCAGCUUAGGGAGUUCCUCAAGUCAUGAACAGAAAAUUUCUGAAGAAACACCUCAAAAUAGUACUCAGAAAGAUGAGACACAAAGAUUUGCUGACGCUGCAAAAGAGAUUGCAUACAUGAUGAAUAAGGAUUAUCAUGGAAGACCGAGUCACAGGCCACCCAUAAAUAACAAUGAGCCUAGAAAUUAAUUGAGAUUAUCAUGAGUAAUUAAUAGCAUGGAUAUAUAUAUAUAUAUAUAGGCUCACAGUUUUGCACCAAGUUGUUGCGUUAGCAACUACUUCUUGGUAAUGGCCUAGAUAUAUAUAUGAUAUAGUUUGCUUUAUAUUAUAGUUUAAUAUGUGGCACAAAGGCAAGCAAAACCAUAGGACUUAAGUAACAAAUAGUUGUUCGGUCGUUUCUUUUUCAUACUAAAAAAUAGAUAUAUGUAGAACGCAUGCAGUUUUGAGUGUUGUAAUUAUUAAGUGUAUCAUCGUUACAUCUUUAAUUAUGUGAGUUAAUUUUUUUUUCAA